AUGGCGACUCUCCGAACAGAGCGAGAGGCCAAUCGUCAGCGGAAUCUUUCCAGUUCGCUUUUCUCCCUCAACACACUUCCCAGCACUGCGCUUCCGGCGACUUCGUCUUCGCAGUUCCAAAGCAGCCGGGGGAGGCUGCGGACGACUCGCUCGGCAGAGGGAAAGUCUUCCGCUGCCGUCCUCUCGCAAACGCCUCCCGCUGAGCUCCGUUCUCAUGACGGGGAGAAACUGCCCGACACUAGAGCACAUCCCCGCGUCGCUAGGACCGCGCUGAGAAACUCGCAAAAUCCCGCGGCGUGUGCUACCGCGGCGCCCGCUGGGCACCACAGUCGGGCCGACUUCCUGCGUGCGACCCUCGAGAACCGGUUACCAAACGAAAGGGUUUCGCGUCCACGGUUCGGCGGGUCAGCGCCAGCAACGAAGGAACGGCGAUCAGCGUCACCGUCUGUGCGUCCGUCUCCCGGUUUUGGAGCCUCCCGAGAAGCGUCAGGCUCGGUCUCUCGUCCCCGAAGACGUCUGCUCUCCGAGCCGCGCGAAACGCGGGCUUCCAGGCUCCGUGCCCAGGCCAUUGAAGCGGCGCUCCGUCUCGGCAAGUCGCGCGAAAGCGCUGUGAGAAGUGGAGACCCCAAGUUGUCGCAGCUGUCUCCCCGGCCGGUCAGGGGGCGGCAGCCAGUGCGUCCCUUGCUUGGACACCCGAGUGCGCCGGCCUCCUCGCAAGGUACGAGUUCUCGUCCGACAGCUUCGGAAGCGACCCAGGUGUGCAUGCACUCGACGCACCGCAGGACAGAGAGGGAGCUGCGACGGUCUCAAGGCCGCAGUGAGGACAGGUACCGAAGGGGGACUUCUCAGUCGCAGGCAGCUCCUAUCCCCCCUGCUCCAGGGACCGAACCCGCGGGUGACGGGACAAGGCAACGCCUACCGAGCGAGGCGUGGCCAGGGCGCGACGUCGAGCCUUCGUCUUCCGCCGUCCGGCGUGUCCCCGUUGAGGGGUGUCGUGAAACCGAAGGACAGGAGACAGGCAGUGCGCAGCAAACAGAGCCGAGUUUUUCGACUCCCAUUCCCGUCCACUGCGCUCGCCCCCUUGGUUUUUCGUACUCGCACGGAAGACCACCGCUCGCUGCUUCCAGAGGCGCGGCUCCAUGGAAGACACAACUUCCGCGUUCUUCCGGUCCAGCCCAGACGCCGGCGGGGCUACUGACUGUUUCCGCCAGUCCUUCUCGCCCGUGGCUGCCUUCGUCUGAGCUGGAUGGGGCGUCGCAGCCCAACCCGUUUGGGAUCGAAAGCCCCGCACUGGCCUCUGUCUCCUGUCCCCUCCCAAGCGGUCGGCAUGAGACGCGGAAGGAAGACACGCGUGGACAAGGUUCGUGUCAUUCACCUGUCCACAUGCAGAGAGAACAAGCAAGCGGGGUGGGGACCGCGGCGAACGGCGACCUUUUCCCACCUUCACUUUUGGGAGAGUCCUCUGCCGUGCCGGCGUCGAGAGAACAGCCGUGCAGGUCAAAUCCAGAUUUUGCUUGCCACCUUCCGGAAGAAGAUGAACAGAUACCGAGGAAGAAAGCGAGGUUGACGGUUCCCUCGUGCACAGAAGCACGCAGAGUCCGCGUGGAGAGAACUGCAAAUGCCGACGGCGUAUCUCGCCUUCAGCCGCAACGAUGGAGCAGUCCUAUACAUCCUGCUCUACAGUCUCUCCCGGGCCAGAGUCUUCCUUCCGCUCGUCCUUUCUCGUUCCUUUCUUCUCUGCAGAGGUGUUCAGCAACUCGUCGGCCUGUCGCUGCCACUCUGCACGCCGAGAGUGCUCAGAGAGACAGACUCCAUGCAGAGGUGCGUAGGAGAGCAGUCAGGAGCGACAACCUGCCGGGAGAGAGGACAGAGAGCGGCCCUCGGGAUUGGGCGCCGCCAGUGUGGACUGUCGGUACAGCGGGAAGGCGCGUCAGACGGAAAGGUGGAAGAGAGAUUCCGAGAAUCAUCGCUGCGCGGCUUCUCUCCGGAGGACCGGCAGGUCUGGGACAUGUAGCCUCAAAUCAAUCAGGACAACCCGAGUUGAAGCGCGUGGCGCCGCAGCCCCUCUUCAAUGACCGCUCGGGUCUGCCAGGCGUCGAAGCUGGUGGAGUCGACAGUCGCAGGCUCCCAAGAGAGGGGACACAGGUAUCGAGGGAGGAGACAGAAGCUCAGGACGUCCGACCGCGGCCGGCGCUCUUUUCUGGGCUCCAACAGAGCCUGUCCGCUGUUGUAUCCUUCCUCGCCCUCAGCCUCGGGGCUGGAGGCGGAAGCAGGCCGGUGGGAGAAAAGCAACAGCACGCGGUGAAAGCGGAAGAGGAGGCAAGAGGAGCGACGAACACAGAGGCGGCAAGGAGAGGAGAGACUGGAGACAGAAAGGCAAGAAGUGGCGAACUCGAAGUAGAGAGAAACGGAGAGAAACCAGAGAGACCGCGUCCGCCAAUGUCGUGGCCUUUUCCGCUGUCCUCGCCGAAAGCCUUUGCUCGCCACACAGUAGACGAAAAUCGCGCGCCCUCUUUUCCGAAUCAGCCGCACGGCCUCUGCCCGUCGCCUGCAGGUGUAUGCGGGGCAUCGCUGGGCGCAGACCUCGGCGACGACGCAGUCGCGAUCGGAUUCGGACCCAAGCAACAGGGCGCGUCGCUUCACUCCUCUGCAGAAGCGUCUGUUCGUUCUGGCGGAGCGCAACACGGCAACACUCUUCGAAUGGCCACGCCCAAGCCCCUGCGCAGCGCAGCAGAAAGACGCCCAGGUGGCCGAACGGACGACAGUCCCAGUCUCUUGAGUCGCUACGACGAACCUGGCGCUGGCGGCCCGCGCCCUGCCGUCUUCGGACUUGGGUGCGAGAGUCCUCAGCGUCCACACUUCUCCGAGGCGGUUGCUGAUCUCUUCCUUCGGGACUCUUCGAACAGCAUGAGCCAGUCGUGUUCGACGCUUCAUCUGUCGAGCGCGCUCUCUUCUUCGUACCUUCUAUGUGGAACUUUGUCUCCACCCCUGCAUCCUGUUUCCUCUUCUCGCCACCCAGCUCUCUCUUCUCGCGACCGUGCAGUCCCGUGUCCCGCGGGACCCGGUCUUACUCAACUCGAGGCGACUUCUCACCCUCCUGGCCUGUCCUUGCCUGCCGCGAUUUCUGCUCCCCCUUCCUCUCCGUCUUCCUUCCACGCCAGCGGGAAACGAAGACAUGCGCAUCGUCCUUACUGUGGGAAAGGGGAUCCAAGGCGACGUUUCUUGAUGCCGGAAACCGAACGCACUCGCUGCCUGGAGUCGUCUACUCGCUCUCAACAUGUCCAAGCAGUCCCAUCUGGUGAACAAGAUCCGCAGGGAAUAACUUCGCCGAUGAACAGGGGCAGCAUUCAGUGCGUAAACUCCUUUCUGUCUCCGGAGAAUUCGCCGCGUGAGGGGCGCGAGAACGAAGGCGGGAACAAUGCCGUUCCUGAGGCGACUCGCCCUACCUUCUCUUCUUCCUCCGGUCUGCUUCCCGGCCUUUCUCACGCGUCGACUUCACUUUUCCCAUCUCGCUCGCGUAGGGCGUGUGGGCUCUCCAAGGAAAUCGCGUUUCACGCCUUCGAGAACGAGUUUCCUCUGCUCACGCGUUUAGCGGCUGCACAGGCGCAGAAGCAGGUGCGGCUCGGCUCAGCUGCGGUCAAAGGUUUUUCUCUCCACGAAAACCUCACGAAGCAAGGAAAAGAAAGAGAAGAACGGGAAUUCGGUCGGAGUGGAAGGGACGCAGGCGAGGAGCGGGUGAAGGGCGGUGGCGGGGGAAAGACGAAACGCCGUGAAGGGUCCAAAGAGAACGGAACGAAGAUGAGGAGCCCGUCGGCGUCUUCCCGUGGUUUUCUGAACGAAGAGAAAGUUCUCCAUGCGAAUCACUCUCCUCCUGGCCUCACGUCGCUCGCUGUUGCUGCUGAGGGACAAGCUGAGGAGCCGAGGAGGGGAACUCCGGAGAGGACGGCAGGCGAGAGACGGAUCGAGAGAGAAGAGUGGAGAAGACUGGGGAGGGUUCAAGAACAGAGGACAGUGUCAGGGAGAGCAGAGGCAGAGGAUGCGGGCGGAGGAGUGGAAGGGGGUGGAGAAGAGAAAAAACCGGAACUUUCACGAGGAAACGGAGGCGACGCAGAGCUCGGUUCGCCUCUAUUCGGAGACCCGAGUUCCAGAGCCCAGCCAGGCAGAUUUUCGUCCGUUUCCGAGUGGAACAUCCGUGCAGGAGAGAUGGCUGAGCAGAUGCUUCUUUUGGAAUCCGGCGAGAGGACGGCGAAGAGGCGCAAAAUCUGA